AUGCCGUCACAAUGGGAAUUGGACAAUAAAUUACGACUCGUACAACUGGCGCAGCUUACUCAAGGACAAAUUACUCCUUACGCUGUGCCAGUUGUAACGGAUAUAUACCGAGCAUCUUCUUUAUAUCGUCAGGCACGCGAUGCGCUAAGGUCAAGGAGCAGGUCGAUGAGGGAGAAUUACAUUGCUGCUGCUAACGCCCAUGCAGCAA